CAAGAGAAGUAGGACGCAGCUCCUAUAUAGCACCCUGCACUUGAGCGAAAUUGCUGCACGGUCAAUUCAACCACUUUGCUGCGCAAGCGAGCAAUGCAGUCAUUAACGAAGCAUGGUGCCUUCCAAAGGCGCGCAUCAAUACAGCGAGCGGGAGGCGCGCCUGUUCGUGGCUUGCGCGCUUCGCGGCCAUGCACAGUUUCUGUUGCAGCCGCUGCGACGGUGACCAAGCUUGAGACGGGGGCGUGGGUAGUGGCGCCGCAGUACCGGUCAAAGGGUGUGGUGCACUUCCUGGGCGGCGCCUUCGCCGGCGCAGCACCCCAGGUUGUGUACAGCCUGCUGCUGGACUCCAUAGCGGACGCCGGCUACACCGCAAUCGCCACCCCUUACGCCGUCACCUUCAGGCACGACGACUGCGCGCGCGCCGUACGGCAGCAGUUCCUGGACUCGGUGGCGGAGCUGCGGGGGCCAGCGGGGCUGCCGGAUGCCGCGCCCGACGGCGUGCCCGUCAUCGGGUUGGGCCACUCCAACGGCGCGCUGCUGCACCUGCUCAUCGGCGCCUUCUUCCCGGGCGCCGCCGCCACCAACAUCGUCAUCAGCUUCAACAACAAGCAGGUCAAGGACGCCAUCCCGGUGCCCGGGCUGAUGGAGAACCUGCCGGGCGCCGUGAACGCCAUGCGCAACAACCUGCCGCUGCCCGACCUGGCCAACCUGCCGCUGCCCAUCCCGCUGCCUACGCAGAUGCCCACCGGCAGUCAGGUGCUGGGCGCGAUGGCCAGCCUGCUGCCGCCGGAGCUGCGCAACGCCGCGGACCGGGCGGGGCAGCUGUCGGGCGCGGGGCUGCUGCUCGACCAGAUCCCCUCAGUGUUCGGAGAGGUGGGUGGCGGCGCCACGGACUUCUACCCCACACCCGCCGAGAGCCGCGCCAUCAUCGGCGGCAGCUACGGCGUCAGCCCCACCCUGGUGGUGCGCUUCGCGGACGACUCCAUUGACGAGAGCCUGGAGAUGAGCGCGCUGCUCAAGAGCCGGCUGGGUGCGGGCGUGACCCAGAUCACGCUCCCAGGGUCGCACAUCACGCCGUGCGGCGGCGACGUGCCCUGGCCCACCGGGCCCAUCUUCACACCCGUGGACACCAUCGCGCAGGUGGUGAAGGAGCAGCAGCAGGCGGACAUCCUGCGGCUGAGCAAGCAGCUGGUGGGCUGGAUGGACAUGGUGUCGGUGCAGCAGGCGGCAUGAUGAGCAGUAGUAGUUGAGUUGUCUGAGUUGCGUGCUUGUGUACUUGGGCGCGUGGAGCGGUAUGCAUGGCUGGCGUGGAGCGGUGUGCAUGGAGCGAGUGCGGGCUGUGCAUACUAUGCGUAUACUCGCCGAUGUAGCAAAGCGAUAAUGAGCGUGUGUUUCCAGUGGCUAGUGCGAGCGCAUCAUGCCUUUUGUGUUCAAGGGGCGGGGCGGGGCCUUGCAAACAUGGGCAUACGGUACGGACAUGAGUGUUAGUCAGGGACGUACGGACUACGGGAAUGGGCGUUUGGGCUGUGAGGCUGCUUACGUACUGUACGUACUACUGAGAAGCCAGGUUAUGCUGCCAGUAAGGCGCGUGACGUUAAAUGAUUCAUCACGUAAUGCUGCUGUAAUGUGGUGUACGGGGCCGCGCCCGCGUGCCGCCCACAUCCCACGAGUUACUAAACCUCUGUUGCCGAGGCGCUGUGG